AUGAGCGGCAGCAGCAGCGCAGAGCUCGCCGAGCACGAGCCGCGCGUGAAGCUGUUACGUAAAGGGUUUGCCAUCACCGAUCUGCUGGGACUGGAGACAGACGCACACGCACGGCCCGGACAUGCACACCUGUCGGCGCCUCCUGGAGACUCGCAGGGGCCGCUGGGUGCUUUCACGUUCCCCGGAGGCGCGCUCCCGCUGGGCCUCGGGUUUCUGUGCAGUCUCGCGCAGCAGCAGAACGCGCACUGCUUUCUCCCCGGGCACGUGCCACUUCUACAGACACGCGCAGACACGCACUACCUACACGCGGACGCGCGCGACUCGGCCUUCUCAGAUGAGGAGUGUCUCUCAGACCGAGACAAGACCAGCAACAACAAACGCAAGAAGAGACGACACAGGACCGUGUUCACGUCGCUGCAGCUGGAGGAGUUGGAGAAGGCGUUUCAGGAGGCACAUUAUCCAGACGUUUACGCCAGAGAGAUGUUAGCUCUGAAGACCGAGCUCCCAGAGGAUCGGAUCCAGGUGUGGUUCCAGAACCGAAGGGCGAAAUGGAGGAAGCGUGAGAAAUGUUGGGGGCGGAGCUCGGUGAUGGCGGAGUAUGGGCUCUACGGGGCCAUGGUGCGACACUCCAUCCCUCUGCCUGAGAGUCUGCUCAAGUCUGCGAGAGAGGGGGCCGUGAGCAGCGCCCCCUGGCUGCUGGGUGAGGCCUCGCAACGAAUGCAUAAGAAGUCUCUGGAAACACGGAAGUGCUCGAGCCCCGCCCCCUCCUAUUGCGACCCUGAGCGACCUUUGACCCUGGGUGACCCCCGCUCGACCCCGUGUGCCACCCCUGACCCCUGUGUGACCCCUGACCCCGAAGACGACCAAUCAGAGCACAGAGACCAGGAGCAGGAAGUGGAAGAGGCCAUGGACUUGUCCCGCCCCUCACGACAGAGCGGCCAAUUAGAGGGCUGA